AUGUUGCGGGAAAGUUCGAUGGCUUUGGAGGCGGGAAGGCUUUCGCAGACUGCGGUGGAGCAGGCUGUGAGGGAAGGAGGUGGACCGCCAGUUUCGGCGGGAAUGACUUUGGAUGCUCCGGCUACAGGAUGGGUCCAUGUGAACGGGGCGUGGCUACCUUACUACAUGCUGCAAGGUCAGAUGGUGAUUCCUCAGGGAGCUGGAGGUCGAAGUGGCAAUGCGGUUAGUGGCGAGGGUUCGCUUCCAAAUGUCGGGAUCGGACCUUCGACGUCGGCUCCGCCACCGCCUCCGCCUCCGCCCAGGUCUCCGUCUACUCCGGCUCGAAGGCCUCGUCAAGGGGAUAAUUCCACUCCUGGAGGCACUCCGAGCCCUCCUGCGGUGUUUGCGGGGAGUUCAGAAGUGGAGGAGCCGAGCAAACUGGUGACGCGACUUCCGAUGUUGGCGGCGACUAAGGGCCAGGACGCUGCAGUGGUGGCUGGGGACUGGCUGGCGCAGCUGGAACCAAGCAUGUCGAGCCUGAGCAGUUCGGCGGCCUCGUGGUGGCAGGCCUUGAUGGAGAGGGUUAGAGUGCUCUACACGAGAUGGUUGGAGUCGACCCCCAUCCUGAGGCUCCAGAUCCGUCAGGAAGUGCUGGCGCAGAGAUCACCCAUCGACAAGUACCAGAGAGUGGAGCAGCGAGCAUCUAUGUUGCUGCUGGACAGUUUGCCGGAGGACUUGCGGGCGGAAGUUGUGAGCGUGAGGGCGGUGACGGUGGAGGCGAUGAUUUUCUUGGUCCACUGCUCCUUCCAACCCGGCGGCUCGGCCGAGAAGGCGUAUUUGCUCCAGUUCUUGACGGCGCCGGAGUCCGGCAACUCUGUGGACUCGGCCUUGUCCCUGGCCCGGAAGUGGGUGCGGCUUUUGAGGCGUGGCAAAGAGCUCCAGGUUGUGUUGCCAGACCCGAGUCUCCUUUGUCGUGGUUUGGACAAGCUUCAUGGGGGAGUUUUCGCGGGCAACAAACACCCUAGUGCGGCCUUUCGCAUAGCCAGCUUCAAAUUGGAACGUCAGUUGGACUACAAGGCGAUGGCUAAGGACGUUGAGGACUAUGCGCAGUUGAUCCUUGGGGAGCUGGAAGCCGCGCUGCUCGCGCAGCCACUGCCCUCCCAGCCGAAGCUCAACCGGAUGGAGGAGACUGGGAAUGCCGAUGCGGGCAAAGGCAAGGCCAAGGGAAAGGGGCAAAAGGGGGAAUGGCUCUUCAUCGACGGCUGCGGGAACGACGAGUUCUUCAACGGCGCCUUCUACAUCUCCGGCACCUCCGGCUGGAAAAGGGGACCAAGUGCUGGAAGGAAGCCCCGGCGGAAAGGCGGUGGUGGAAAGGGCAGCAAAGAUGCGAUCAGAAAGGCCGAGGAGGAUGGAGUCUCGACAGAGGGGGGAGCGACCAAUGCAGCUCCUCAGGCAUCGGCGACCUCGGCUGCUACGACGGCGGCCCCGUCGAGUGACUCGGCAAGGGAGGAUUUCUUUGAGGAGGCGGCCAAGGCACUGAAGUCUUUGAGGCUGGCCCGUGCUACGUUGGAUCGGGUGGCUAUGGUGGCGAAUGGGCCUCUCAGGGCACUUGUGGAUUCAGGUGCUACUACGUCAAUGAGAACGGCGAGGCAGCGCGAAACCCAGGGACUACCUACUCGAAAAGUGCUAUUGGCUGAGGGCGAGGCGAACUUCUACCAACUUCCGGGCGGAACGCUGCUGACGGAAAGGAGGACCUCACCUAUCGUGGCGAUGAGCGACCUGAUGGAGAUCGGCUGUAGGGUGUCAUGGGACUCGGCCGAGGGCUGUUGCAUCACCCAUCCUGUUCGGGGAUCUCUGGGUGUCCAGGUUGUGAACGGCUGCCCAGAGGUGGAUGAGACUCUGGGAUUGGAGUUGAUUGAGGAGGCCGAGAUCAUCAAGAAUCGUCGUCGUGAGGCGGAGCUCAUGGUGAAUCGGCUGGUCUUGGAAUGCAGCCCGGAGCCAAAGCUGGACUGGGAUUUGGGAGCCAAGGCCGUGAAGGACUUGAGGAAUGGUGUUGGAAUUUCCUGGGCUUGGCUUCGUCGAGCGUUCCCUCAGGCUCCCGCGUGGCUGGUGUCGGCCAUUCCGGUGGUGGCCUCUAUGGAAGGCAGCAGGAUCCCGUGGAACCGCCGAGAGCGGAAGAAGUGGCGACAGGCCACUGCUGUGGCCGUGCAUUUGUUCUGCGGUAGAGACAGAGCGACCUGGAAAUCGUCAGCGGAGGCGGCUCACGUGGUGACUGUGGACCAGGCGGAGGAUGUCAUGGCGGAUGAUACCUACGCUGCCCUGCUGGAUUUGGCCCUUAGUGGAAAGGUGAAGAUGGUGUUUGGAGGACCGCCCCCGAGGACCUACUCGGCGCUACGAUCGUCGUCUGCGGAAGGAGAGGGGGAACUGCGUCCUUUACGUGAUCGUGAUGGUGAUGGAAGGUGGGGUCGGGCAGACCUCAGUGAAUGGGAGGCAUGGCGAGUGAGACAAGACACCAUCAUGACCUUCAGGAUGAUCUUCUUGUGGAUGGUGGCCACUGCGGUGGCCCGUGGCAAUGGGUGUCAGGAUCCAGAUUUUCUGAUGGAGCAUCCGGAGGACCCCCAGGAGUUUCUGCCGAAGAAGGGUCUAGCGUCGUUGUGGGCCUUUCCUGAGGUUCAGUUCCUGAAGAAGGAGAUGAAGUGGUGGUGGUGGGCCUUUGAUCAAGGUCCUCUCGGGCAUCCUCGCAGGAAGCCUACCCGGGUGUUGUCCUCUCAGCCUUGUCCGAAGGCGCUGCAGGACGUACGCGGGCCCUCAGUUGUUUCGGAGGAGGAACGAGAUGCGGAUGGUGAAGGCUUCCGAGCGGCUCGGUGGGCGGCGUGGAGUCCGGGCCUGAAGUGCGCUGUGCAGCGCGCUGUCGAGGAGAGUUUGGCGGGAGCGACCUUGGAGUCCAUCUGCAAGCUGGACGGUGCCUUUCUGGAGCACUUGCAGCGGGACCACACGCCAUUCAGGCGUGACUGUCGUGCCUGUCUAGCUGGACACUUUCGAGGGCAUGCCCAUCGCCGCAUUGUUGCUCCAGACGCUUGGACCCUCAGUCUGGACUUGAUCGGGCCAACUCGCCAGGGCUCGGAUGAGUACGUCCGCAAGAUCCGCUAUGGGCUUAUCGGCACCCUGGUUGUUCCGGAUACUUUGGGAAAGAUCCUUCAGCCUCCUGAUCCGGAUGGUGAGGAUGAGGGCAAGGGCGUGGGUCUAGUGGAGGAUCCGAUUUGUGAUGAAGACCACCCCGACCCUGCGGAAGCAGAGGCCUCCGGAACGGAGGCGGAGCGCAGUGAUCGGGAGAUGGAGAGGUGGAAAGCCAGAGUUGAAAAGGACCAGCUGGAGAAUGUGACCUGUGUGGAAGUCCCCUUCUUUGUGCCUCUGGCCAGCAAAGGUGCUGCGGAGGUGCUAGCGGCCACCAAGGACGUGCUGGUGCAGGUGAAGAAGCUCGGGCUCUCUGUCCAGAGGAUUCACACGGACCGCGGCCGGGAGUUCAUCAACAAAGGCUUUCGAGCUCUAUGUCGGGAUCGCAAUUUGGUGCGGACUACGACUGUUGGAGAUGACUUCAAGGCCAAUGGUCGGGUGGAGGCUUUGGUUGGCAGGGCUAAGUGCGCGGUUCGGACCUACUUAGCCAGCUCCGGUUUAGGAGCAGAGAUGUGGGCUUUUGCGAUGCGGCACUACACCUCCCGGAUCCAGCAGCAGGUGGCCACUCAGCUUGGUGCUCGUCUACCCCGGUUGCCACCGUUUGGAACGCGGGUCUUCGUCAAGAGGAGGUCCUGGAACCUUAAGAAAGAGGAGUUUUCGGAGAAGGUGGUGGCGGCGAGGGUUCUGUGUCCUUCGCUGGAUGUGGCGCGGGGUUUCCUGGUGAAGACCGAGGACGGCGCCUACGUGACUACCAUGGUGGCGGUCGAGAACGUGAAGGAGGUCUCGGGUGAGUUCGAGGUUGAUGCUCCGCCCUCUGCUACUGGAGAGCCCGGAGUUCGACGCAGGAUGCGAGAAAAGACCCCCGCGAUUGCGAAGCUACGCUGCAAUGAUCAAUGGGAGGAGCACCUCAUUCAGGACGAGGAGCUCGCGGAAACCUUCCUGGACGCCAAGGACUUUUCGGCUGAUGCUAUGGACCAGCUACUGGACGGUCUUUGGCUAAGUGAAGAGACGGUACCAAACCGCCGAGGAGAAACCUUCAGCCACAGCUCCCGGAUUACCUCCCAUGUGGCUGGCAUGUUUCGGCAUGGUGGAGUAGUUGGGGCGACCAAUUUGGUUCGGCAUCGGCCCGCGCUAGUGAAGUUCCUAGUGGAGUUUGUCAAGGCGCAGCUCCCUCCGGGAACUACCUUCACUUCCCUAGCAGUCAACUUCAACAUGCCAUCGCAAUGUCACAAGGACAGCAACAACAAGCCGGGGGAGAAAGCGUACUUGAUGGGCUUUGGCAACUACUUGAAGGAUCUUGGUGGUUAG